AUGGAAACAGGUCCCUGCUCGGGGAAGCAGGCAUUUGGACAAUCCUUCUCGAUUCACCGCAAAGUGGCUGAAGAUGGUGAAACACGUGAAGAGACUCUCCUCCAGGAGUCUGCAUCAAAAGAAGCUUAUUACCUCGGGAAGAUUUUGGAGAUGCAGAACGAGCUGAAGCAGAGCAGGGCGGUGGUCACCAACGUUCAGGCAGAAAAUGAGAGACUCACUGCUGUUGUCCAAGACUUGAAAGAGAAUAAUGAAAUGGUGGAACUACAGAGGAUACGAAUGAAAGAUGAAAUUCGAGAGUACAAGUUUCGAGAGGCGAGACUCCUACAGGACUACACCGAGCUGGAAGAAGAAAACAUCACUUUACAGAAACUGGUGUCUACACUGAAACAGAAUCAAGUUGAAUAUGAAGGCUUAAAGCAUGAGAUUAAACGAUUUGAGGAGGAGACAGUGUUGCUUAAUAGUCAGCUAGAAGAUGCCAUCCGGCUGAAGGAGAUUGCUGAGCAUCAGCUGGAGGAAGCUCUGGAGACUUUAAAAAAUGAAAGAGAGCAAAAGAACAAUCUGAGGAAGGAACUCUCCCAGUAUAUCAACCUCAAUGAUAGUGUGUAUAAUAACCAUAUUAAUAUAUCAGUAGAUGGAUUGAAGUUUGCAGAGGACGGGGGCGAGCCCAACAAUGACGACAAAAUGAACGGACAUAUCCACGGGCCUCUCGUGAAACUCAACGGUGACUACCGAACUCCCACGGGUAGGAAAGGAGAAUCUCUGCACCCCGUCUCUGACCUCUUCAGUGAGCUCAACAUAUCAGAAAUACAGAAACUGAAGCAGCAACUCAUGCAGGUGGAGAGAGAGAAGGCCAUUCUCCUGGCCAACCUGCAGGAGUCUCAGACGCAGCUGGAGCACACCAAGGGAGCCCUGACCGAGCAACACGAGCGAGUCCACAGGCUCACGGAGCACGUCAAUGCCAUGAGGGGGCUGCAGAGCAACAAGGAGCUGAAAGCUGAGCUUGACUGUGAGAAGGGCCGAGACCCUGGCGAGGAAGCACACGACUAUGAAGUGGACAUCAAUGGCUUGGAGAUCCUAGAAUGUAAAUACAAAGUAGCUGUUACCGAGGUGAUAGACCUUAAAGCAGAAAUCAAAGCCUUAAAGGAGAAAUAUAAUAAAUACGUGGAAAACUACACUGAAGAGAAGGCCAAGUAUGAGAGCAGAAUCCAGACGUACGACGAACAGGUGACAAGCCUGGAGAAGUCAACCAAGGAAAGCCAGGAAAAAAUGGUCCACAUGGAAAAAGAAUUGCAAAGGAUGACAAGCAUAGCAAAUGAAAACCAUAAUACCCUCAACACCGCACAGGAUGAGCUGGUAACCUUCAGCGAGGAGCUGGCUCAGCUCUACCAUCACGUCUGCCUGUGCAACAACGAGACACCAAACAGGGUUAUGUUGGACUAUUACAGGCAAAGCAGAGUAACCCGCAGCGGGAGCCUGAAAGGACCAGAUGACCCUCGAGGUCUCCUUUCCCCACGGCUCGCCAGAAGGGGGGUGGCAUCACCUGUAGAAGCUAGGACCCCGACCGAGCAGGUGACAAAAGAGGCCACAGAGCCUGGCAAGGAACAGAGCCCGACAAAAACACCUUCCAUUUCUCCUGUCAUCACGGCCCCUCCUUCCUCCCCCGUCUCCGAUACCAGUGACAUCCGCAAAGAGCCGAUGAACAUCUACAACCUCAAUGCCAUAAUAAGGGACCAAAUCAAGCACUUGCAGAAGGCUGUCGAUCGGUCGCUGCAGCUGUCACGCCAGCGUGCUGCAGCUCGGGAGCUGGCACCCAUGAUUGACAAAGACAAGGAGGCCUUAAUGGAAGAGAUACUGAAGCUGAAAUCCCUCCUGAGUACGAAGCGGGAGCAGAUCGCAACCCUGAGAGCAGUGCUGAAAGCCAACAAGCAGACAGCUGAAGUGGCACUAGCCAAUUUGAAGAAUAAAUACGAAAAUGAAAAAGCAAUGGUGACUGAAACCAUGACCAAACUACGGAAUGAAUUAAAGGCUUUAAAGGAAGAUGCAGCAACCUUCUCAUCCUUGAGAGCAAUGUUUGCAACCAGGUGUGAUGAGUACGUCACGCAGCUGGAUGAGAUGCAGAGGCAGCUAGCAGCUGCAGAGGAUGAGAAGAAGACCCUAAACUCUCUGUUGCGCAUGGCUAUCCAGCAAAAACUUGCCCUGACCCAGCGACUGGAGGAUUUAGAGUUCGACCAUGAGCAGUCCCGACGCAGCAAAGGCAAGCUUGGAAAGAGCAAGAUCGGCAGCCCUAAAUCCUAAUGCUCUUCCAGAAGAGCAGCCACAUUCCAGCUCUCAGUGUGCCCCUCUCAACUGUCUCUCUAAGCCUCCUCCUUACCCCUAACCUUCAUACGCGACGUAAGAGAAAAUGCAAACAGAGUGGAGCUCGUGCAACAGAGGUUGGGGUUGUUCCCAGCAAGCGGGUAGACCCUCCUGCCUUUGCAUUGACAAGUCUGGAUUCCUAUCUCCUGCUCUGGCGACCGAGGGAAGGUUGAGAAGAAGAACACAAAGCACAGAGCCCAACCUAUCAAGAAGACUUUUUAUGGUUCCUCUGAUUGUAUUCAAACUUUGCUAUCACAACUAAAGUGUAGUGAAAUGUAACAUCUCGACAACAAUGUUCCUUCCAGCUGCUUGGCUUUACCUCUGAAAUGAUGAGGGACUUAAGCCAAUAUUAAGAAAAGUAUGUUACAAAAAUCCUACCCCCACAUUCUAUAAGUUCAGCCAUAGGAACCAGUUCAAAUUUCCUUUUGUCAUUAAGGGUGUGAUAUUUAUUUCUUACUUUAUUUGCACCAGGAUUUUGUGUUUAUAAAAUACAGUCUCUUUUUUUUCUUUUGUGAGAGUUGUAUUUAAUUGAUUUCUUUUUUUUAAAAAAAAGCAGAAAUAGUUUAAGUGAAGAAUGACUGUGUUAAUAUUAAAAGAGGCUCGUUGCAUUGGCCAGCAUAUGGCCAAUUUUUAUUGCACAAAAAUGUUGGAAAUGGGUUGAAUUGGAAUGUUAACAAUGACUGUAUAUUUUGCUGCUGCACUGAUAUUGUUUAUGCACUUGUUUUUUUGAUUCCUAUUACAUUAGCUUCUAGUUUUGUUCUAGCUCUUCACUGAAAGAUAAUUAUUAAGCCUAAGAAGGAGAUGAAAGGAUGAAGUAUUGAUUUGUUCUCAGUUGUUUGCUUGCAUUGUAAUUAUUUUUUUGCAUUUCAGACAAGUAGAUGAAUUGGUGCUGUUUUUUUGGAGUUCCUUUCUAUUUGGUAUCUGAGACAGAAAAUCUAAAACCAGUAAAAUGCUGUGUGCUAAUUAAAAACAUUCUUUCCUCUUGCUCCCAUAUUCAGGAUACUAGCUCGAGGCCUUACCGUGAAAGGCUGGUGUGGAUGGCAGAGUCGUAUGCAUUUCGUGUGAAGUAUUCUGUGGUGAAAGAACUCAUGCAGGUAGAGUUAAUGGUGUGGAUCGGAGUUUGUAGGGCUUUACUGUAGUGCAUUUUUUCCUUGCCAAAAAUCAACAGACGCAGAACCUUAGCUCAUGUCAGUUUAUGACAAAUACUCAGGUGAUCUACACUACACAGACUCUAUCGCAACAGUGCACAGUGUUCCUAGUUAAAGAUUCUUUCCUGUAAAAGCUGAGUAAGUCUAGGGUGUGUUUUUUUUUCUUAAAAAGUAGCGAGUUUCAGAACAAAAUCAAGGAUAGUGGAAAUUAUUUUGCACAGUACCUGGCAGCAAGGCAAGAGGCUAAGUAGGGGGUCAUGGUUCAGCAUCUAUAGGCUUCCUGUCCGGUCAGCAGCUGGAAAAAAAGUCUGCAGCACUGCCUGCCUACCUACUUGUUGGUCACUAGCAGACUCCUUGCUUUGUCAGGUGGCCUUAAUCAAUCUACAGAAGAAAGGGGUAGAUAUUUCUACAUGUCUUUAUUCCUUCUCUGCAGCAUAUGUAUGACCUACGAGCGGGAAACGCAGAACAGCCUAAGGUACAGAGCAGCUGGGGAAAAGAAAUUGCUGCAGGUGUGGUUGGAAUAAUUCUUUCGUAUUCUGCCUGAAUCUGAGAAAAGGAAUUCAGUCUUCUGUUAGUAACAGUGCUUACCAAAUGUUACAACACACAACACAUCAGCAGAGGAAAGAAUCGGUGACCACUCAGUGUGCCUAACAAAUCAUUAUUACCAUAGUACCAGGAACAAAGGUGCUGUAAAUAGAAAUACUCUAUGUCAUCAACAACGUAUGUCGUGUAACCUUGGCAAAGCAGCUGAGCUAUUGUAACAAAACAUUCAGAGUCGGAGGUGGAGAAGUGAUAUCCAAUUCUGAUCAGAUCCCACAGACGACACUCGGCAGUGUUUCGACUUCAGUUUCCGGGCAGUUCACAUGAUUCUUCUCAUAUACAUUUAUAUUGCUGGUCGGUAUCACGCUUAACCCACGUGUUGUCUUGUCAUAGAAAACUCAAAUGAAAGCUUGUUCAGCUCUGUCCUAAUGUCUGACACUGAGAUUGGCUGCUAUUUUGAUUUUUAUUUAAAAAAAAAAAACCACCAACAUUUCAUCUGAGGCAAAUGCUGCCUUCAAAAAGCAUCUCGGAAUUCCUGACCUUGUCAGAAUUGGUGUAUGAAUAUCACACAGUGGCCACGUCUGCAUCCAACAAAGACAGCCACUGUAUAUUGUUAAAAACAAAAAGAAUUUGCAUUGCACUUUGAAUACAGUUACUGCAGGCUGCACUUGGAAUAGUUUUUCCUAUUUUCAUAUCCAAAUCGAAUGCAUUUUCUCCUGAAUUUAAGUUAAACAGAAAUUCAGUGAAAUACCUUUACUUUCUAUACAGAUACAAAUUUAUUGGAAAAAAUGUUGUAUCAGAACAGUUGUUUAGAAGCGUAUUUAUUUCCAGUUGUGAUUUGCAGGGCAACUUUGGGAAAUAGAAACAUUGUACUGGUAUGUCCAUGCGAUUAAGAGUUAUGGAACAGCAUCCAGUGGUAUAGAAAUUCUUGCCCCAUUUUAUAGAAAUAAAUGGGUUUAUUAAAUUUUUUAUUCCUUAAGCUUUAAAUUCUUCAUUUCUAAGUUUUCGAUUUACAUUUUUUAUAUGUAAUAGAACUUCAGUGUUGGAAAUGUAAGAAAAUCAGAAACAAACCAACUUAAAUGUACAAAUGGCUGUAGUUAUUGCAUUGUAAGUUAUAAAACUGUGUAGGUCCCUGGGACAACUUUUGUCAGUUAACCAGUACAAAAUAAAAUCUAUGUCUUGAACUUCAGAUGAUAAAUUCUUCUUUAUUAUACUGUGAUUGAUAACAUACAACUUUGUGAGAGAUUUUGUAGGAAAUAUUUACAUGCAGACAAAACCAGAAACAAAAGUCUGAUUUUUUAAGGGUUGCAAAAUAUUAUAUUUUACCCAUUUAAAAUUAAUUUAUGAUGUGUUGAUAUAUAUUCUGAUUUUUAAAGAUUAAGAAGAAAAACCAAUGCAUAUAUUUUGUAAUGGCUUAUUAUACUCAGAAAGGCCGAAACGUGUCCUACACAGUAAAGAAGCAAUUCAAAUCCUGAUCUGACUUUCGUAUCUGAAAUGCAGCUUUUGUUCUCUAUGAUGGCCUUUUCUUGGGACAUUUCUUGGGAUUUGGAAUAGGCUAUUCAGUUCUGGAGCUUUUUGGUUUGCAUUUUAUUUUCUGAUGCAGUGAAAAAAUAUUCCUUGUUCAGUGAAAUGACCCACUUCUGGAAAUUCAGUUUAUAGGAAAUAUGUGGGGAAUAAAAAGAAAAGAAUAAUUUCAAAGAAGGAGAGAAAAAGGUUAAUAAAUACAUUGUAAAAAUGUAAUAGUAUGCAAAACAUAUUUUCUAUCAGUCUGAAGACAAAUGGAGGUUUUACAGAAAGAGGAAAUAUUACCAUUUUUCAUGCUAAUUGUACAGAAGUUUCUGCCUUCUAGAUGGAGGCAAUAGUGAUAUUCUUUCUGAAUGAUCUGAUUGACAGGUUGGUAUCUCUGUGCUUUCUCCAUCCACAUUUUUCACAGUAAAUUAAUGUAACCGUAGCUAUACAGUAGAGUUCAUAAAAUGAAACUGUAAUUAAGGUAGCGCUGCAAGUUUUAAUGCCAAGAUGACUUUCAGUUUAUUUUUUAUUUAAAAAAAAUUGUGAACUUGUCUAAGUCAUUUGCCAUAUUUAAGUGUGAAGUGAAAGGAGAAUAUGUUAUGAGAUAUAACCUCACUUAUGAAAUAUGACCUCACCUAUGAAGGCUGCUCAUGAUAAUUUAAUUAAGCAAAAUAUGACCCAGUCCUCAUCACACUGGGAACAACACCCAUCAAUCUGGGCCAUUAUUUUGAUACCAACCUUAGUGUUCAGCGUGCAAUGCCAAAGUCAGUAGUUGUGCUACCAAUUCCACUGUAGCUGGAUUGAUCAUCAUCAUAAGGUAUAAAUUUUAUCAGCUCUUGUGAGGUCUGUUCCUUUCUUUGGCAGAAGAUGCAUAUCCACUGAUGUUACAGUAAAUUUCUUUCUUUUGUACUUUGGGAAUCUUCAUUUGCGAACAUCAGGCACUGAUGUUUUUCCUUUGAAGUAUGAUAAUUGCUAUAGUUACCUCUUUAAAAAUUCCAGUCUUCACUUUUCUUCAGUUUCCUUUGCUGUGUGUGCAGUGAGUCUGAAAGGGAUAUACAAUAUUCAGACUUUUCAUAGCCGUUAAGGGUUUUUUUUUAGUAUAAUUAAGCAUCCUGUGGAAAAGAAACAAAAAAGCAAUUGCCUUUCGCCUUCAGGCACAAUGCAUCUAAAUAUGCAAUGUAAAAUGCGUGCAUGAGAUUCUUAACAUGGUGUAGCUUUUCCAUAUCCAUAACUAAGCUAGAAAAUUCUUAUUUCUUGUGCGAUCUGCAUAGUCCUCCUGCUGGAAAGGCAAGAAGACUACCACAGAAAGUCUAUCUUUCAUUCUGAAGUGCAUGGCUUAAAUCCUUAUUGGAUUUUAAUCUGUUUCCUGUGGAGUUCUUGAAAAUCGCCUUCAUGAAAUCUAAUGGCAACCAAGUGACAAAGUGACAAAAGGUAAAGGAAAAAUCCUAUAUUCCAUAAUGGGAGUUAAUGUGCGGGCAGACUCUAGGUGAUAGGGCCUUGUCUUUCAAAAAUGUCCUUCUGGAAAGCUCUGUAUUUGUUUUGGUUAUCAUGAUUUGCUGUAAAAAAAAAAAGGUUGAGAAGAGUGGGUUGGUUUUUUUCUCAGCAUUAGUAAACUGAGCUAAAAAGUUUUUAUUGGUUAUAUGGUUAUUGGUUUUCAAGAAUAUUUUGGAAAUCAGUAAACGCAAAUGAUUGAUAAAAAAAAAGCUUGCUAGCUGAGUUGUUACUUUAUCAGCUAUGAAGAAGAAAUAAGAGUAAUCUAGCUUUUUUUUUCUCCUGUUGACAGAUAUGGCUAUGUGUGCUAUGCCAGUGGAUAAAUUAAGUCCAUUUCAUUAGUUAUUGCCCUAUUGAUUUUCAGCCCUGUGGUUUGACUGUUAAAGGGUUAAUUAACUUGAUCCUUUGUAAACUAUUAAAAAAAAAAAAAAAAGAAAAAAGAAAACUGAUGUUUUGUGACUUUUGUAAUCUAUUGAAUGUUCCCAUUUGCAUGAUGUUCUGUAUCUAACGAACCAUACAGAUUGCUGUGUUCCUUUCAAAAGAGUUUUAACAUUGGUGGAGUUUGUGACAAACACAAAUUUGUAUACUGUAUGUUUACUGCUGUAAUAACUCAGCUACUCCUAUGUUGAAUUGACAUUAUGUUGUCCUGCCUUCUUGGGGUUAAAUGAUGGAGUGUUUCUAGAUGGUGAAGAAUAUAAAAGUAUCUAUGUUCAUUUGCGAAAGACUAAAUAUUGGAAACUCUUCUUGUUGCUACUUUAUGCUAAAAGCAAAAAAAAAAGUUAAAGAAUUCUUGUUUCCAAAAAAUGCAUCAUUUGUUUUUAAAAUUGAAGUAAUUCCCAUGUUAACCCUUCCUUGUCCUUGUAGACAAUCCUAGAUUAAUGCCUUGUGAGGGAUUCAUAAAGUCUGUGCUUGUACAUGUGUAAUAUGAUCAUGCAGUCAAAUGGUUGGGAAAAACACUCUAGUGCUGAAGAAAAUAAUUAAAAGAAGCCAAUAUACUGAUUCUUACAUCUUUAUGUUCCAAUUAAAAUUACAGUGUAAUGCAUAACUGUUCCAGUGAAUAAACUGGCCAUUUUUGUUCAUUUAA